AACGACCGGAACAAGUAUAUAAAGGCAAUUGCGAUAGCCCGACUAUUAACGCCUUUGUUUGAAUAGUCAACCUCACAAUAUCCACAAUAGCUAUGUCGUCCGAAGAGAACAACAAGAAUACGUUUGUCUUCUCUGAUGAAGAAUCUCGUCCUCAAAUCUAUAGUAGCACUACUGCACUGUUUUCUACCGGGGAGGAAGUGGAAUUAAUGAACUCUGAAGGAUCCUUCCAGGGCACUUACUUCGUUGAACUAGUUUUCCCUAAGGAUGGUCAAUGUACUCUUUGCUUUAAGAACGGAAGACGUGCUCUAAAUGGCAAAAGAGUACAGAUGGACAGCAUUAGGUUGAAGGGUACGUAAGGCACCUAGACACCUACCUAGGUAGAUAUACGUCCCACCGGGCGUAAACAAGGUCAUCAUCAGGCACAUGUCAUAUGUAUACUCUAUAUCCAAUAGAAACUUUCUCUUGCUACACCAGUAGCGGAAGACAACUACCGAUAAGGCGUACUCUGCCUAGCAU